UUACGCACAACACAGUUAUCCGUCGUGUUUCUGGCGGCGGCGGCGGCGGCGGAAACUACGGCAUAGUGUUACCUCUAUCCAGUGAACUGCGGGAGCCAAUCACGACAUCGGGCAGGAAGUGUCCAAGUGCAUCGGAGACAUCGAUUUUCAGUGUUGUUCAAUACUUGCAGGACUGUUUGUGAUCGAGAAGAGCUCCGAGCGAUCCGAUUCCCUCCGACAUGCGCUUGACAGAGUUCAGCGACUACAUUUGGUCUCUGCGAGACCCUCGGACAGAGGGAUGGAGUUUGUCCGCGGACUACAAAUUUAUCUUUCCGCUCAUCGCCCUCUACCUGUACGUGGUGAAGAUCAAGGGCCCCGAGCUUAUGAAAAGCCGUCCAGCCUAUAAUCUGAAGCCAUACAUACUCACCUAUAAUGCCGCCAUGGUCAUAACGAAUGCGUUCUUCUUCUGGAACUACUGGAAGAGAUCCUACGGAGGGGGUGGCUACAAUCUCUUCUGUCAGGGAAUUUCCUACUCGACGGACAAGAAUUCGAUGGAGAUCUUGGAACUGACAUGGUGGUACGUGCUGGUUCGGAUCGCGGAUUUCAUCGACACGAUUUUCUUCCUCCUGCGAAAGAAGUACGAACACAUCUCGACGCUACACGUCGUCCAUCACACGCUUGUCGUCUUCUCGGGCUGGCUCUGGCUGAACUUCGGCUCCGAUGGACAAGUUCUCCUGGGAAUCUGCUUCAACGCUUUCAUCCAUGUCAUCAUGUAUUCGUACUAUGGUUUCGCAGCCCUCGGACCCUGGACCCGGAAGUAUCUCUGGUGGAAGAAAUAUCUCACCAAACUCCAGAUCUUCCAGUUCCUCUUCCUGAACGGUCACAUCCUGAUCCCGCUCUUCUACGACUGUGGAUACCCGCGUCCGCUCAUAUUUCUGGCUGUCGCUCAAGGCUUGCUCGGCCUCACACUAUUUAUUAACUUCUACAUCGAAAAAUACUGUUCUUCCCCCGCAGCCUGCAGGACGAUCAAAAUGACACCAGGCGAGGAAGCGGGCGGACAGAGACUUCUUGUAGAUAGUCGAAAAAACGCUUGAACGAUUAGCGAAUUGUCGAAACAAAAUAGGAGAGUGGAAUGAUUGUCGAAAGGAUGACUGCUAUGAUUGAUUCGAUCAGCGAAUAGAGAUUCUAGUGGGUAAAUUCUGGAGCUUACCCAUGAUGUGUAUGGAUCAAGAAUGAAACGAGCGGGGGCAGCGACAGUAACAGCCAUCGCUCGGGAUGAGUAUCUGGAAAUGAAAGUUGUUCCCGUUUUGAGCAGUGUACCGG